GCGCCGCCUGCGGGGCAAGUGCUCUGCUGCGGCCUUCGACACUCCAGGCAAUGCCACCACGAGCACCGAGAAGAGCCUUGAAGAAGCUGCCUUCGAAAAGGAUCUUCUCAAAGCUCUGGGCGUGGAGGACGAGAUAAAGGUGUCGCAGGCAACCGAGCCGGCCAUGCCAAAGGAGGAGAAGGUCGCCGCCGAUCCACCCUUGCCAGCUCUGCAGCCUACCACCGGAAUGAAGGUUCGGAUAAGGGGCCUCGUCUCUGAUUCGGACCUGAAUGAAAAGCUCGGACGUUUGGGGGACUUCAACGCCAGCAACGAGCGAUGGGAGUGCUUCCUCGAAAACGGCUUGAAGGUAAACAUCAAGGCCACCAACUUCGAGGUCGUCUCGAGCCCCAGCGUU